CGGCAUCGAGGGUUCCUCCGGCAACGGGAUGAGUUCCGAAAUCCCGGUGGAAACCUCUUCGGUUGCCAUGGUAGUGUCGUCCUCACCGCUGCCCUUCGGGUCAAGUGUGGGGGCCACAACCAUGACGUCUUUCUCGAUGCCAAGCUCAAUCUUCGGGUCGGCCCCUCGACCCAUUCCUGGGCUCGAAACCACGGGGGAUUACCCCGUCGGUAAUUCGAACCCCUUUCUCGGACCGACUAUGGCUUCGGCCUUGACGGUCAUCCUUGGACCGAACGCGGGUUUUCCCACACCGGUCAACUUAGGACCGAACGCGGGUUUCCCCACAUUGGUCAAUCCAUUCGUUGGACCUCAUUGGGCGACCAACGGGCCUUUUCUCCACACGCCCAAUGCAGUUGGGCCGAUAUCGGUGCCCGCUAGAUCGGUUCAAAGGCCACCGAAGUUCAAUGGGACGAACUUCAAAAUGUGGCAACAAAAGAUGAUGUUCUUCAUGACCGUCUUGGGAUUUGCUGAGUACCUGCAGCAAGAUCCCCCUCAGCCCAAUGAAACCAACAACCCCCUCGUGGCGAUGGUGAACCAAGCAUGGUACCAUAACAACUAUCUCGCCAUCAACAUUAUCCUUGAGGGGUUGGGAGAUUCAUUGUACCCCGUCUACGCCGGUGCAAAGCUUGCCAAGGAGCUUUGGAAUAGCUUGAACAAAAAGUAUCAAGCUGAAGAUGCCGGAACAAAGAAGUUCAUCGUCGGAAAGAUGCUGGACUACAAGAUGGUCGACAGCAAAUCUGUUGUCGCCCAGGCUGAGGAGCUUACGGUAAUCUUCAACAAGUGCAAUGAAGAGAAAGUAGGCGUCAGCGAAGCCUUCCAAGUGGCAGCCAUCAUCCACAAGCUUCCCCGGUCGUGGGAAGACUUCCAAGCCGACCUCAAGCUCAAGAAAACGGAGCUAAACCUGGAGCAACUGCUCACACGACUGAGAAUCAGAGAGGAGGGGCUUGCUAGAAGAAGUGGAGGGGCAAAGGCGAAUGUUGUAGAACAUCCGUCGGGCUCUACACGUGGCGGGAAGGACAAAAAGAAAAUGGGUCCUAAGGGUGGUGUUUCAAAAUUUGCAGGGAAAUGCUACAACUGUGGCAUUACCAGGCAUCGUUCCUCUGAUUGUAGGAAAAAGAAGCCACAAAAGGGAAAGAAGAAACCCACUGAAGCCAUGUGUGCGGAGCUUGACAACUUGGACCUCUGCGCGGUCGUUACCGAGGCCAGGGUUAGGGGAGGGAACUGUCCAGGGGGAGUAGCCCGAAGGUUGCCGGUGAUUGCCGCCGCUGCCACGACCGCGACCGCCACCGCGACCCCGGCCGCGGUUGCCGCCUCCACUGCCACCGCCGGAAUUCCUGCCGCGUCCGCCGUAGCCGCCGCCAUAUCCGCCGUCAAAUCCGCCGCUGCCGCUGCUCCCAGACCUGCCGUGGCCGCCGCCUCGGUCUCGCGGGUAUCCGCUGCCCGUAUGUCCGCCGCCGCCGCCGGUGCUGAGGAGGGCUGUGGUCGGCUCGCCGGCGCCAUAGACGGCGUCGGUUUGUUGCUGUUCGACGAGGAGAAGAGCGGACCGAACUUCCAAGAAGGACGGGAGUGGAUUUUGGUAUUGCAAAAAUUGAACUUGACUCCGGAUGUUGUGAGGAAGGCCUUGAAGAACCUGGAGUACAAGAGCAUGUUCGGUGACAGGAGCAUCCACGUCGUCCAAGUACUCGGAGAGAUUCUUGAGAAGACGACAAUAUUCGUUGAUGGAGAGUUGGCCCUUGACAGUUAUCUUGCUUUGAAAAGAAGUUCAAAGCGCAGCAAGAAAUCUGUUGUAAUGGCUUCACCGAUUCGAAGAAGCGGUAGAUUGCAGCUUGCAGAGAUUAUGAAAAGGCCAAAAGUACACGCUGCGCAUGUCGACUUGGGCGAUGAUGAAGAGGAUUCUGUGGAAGAUGGAGAAAAGGGGAGAAUUUUGGCUACCACAAUCAUCGACCUAGUGUCGUUGAUUGAGAGUGCACCACCUGGUACCAUGGAGAAUGAUGUGUUCAAGCAGCUGCAGCUUGCAGCGGGUAGAUUAUUGGGUCUGGCACAACGUAGAGGUGGUGGAAGCUUAGAAACACCUGAGGGAGGAUUUUCUGAGGUGACUUAUGAUGAAGGUUUCUGGAGCGACCCUGCAAACAUAGAUCAGUUGAUAGCGAAUGAACAGGCAGUGCUGGCACGUUCAAAAUACAAGAAGAUCAUGGAGGAUAUGCCAUCGUUCAGUCUGGGGUUCUCGCAAUUGGAUGGAGAGAAUGAGAAUGUGAAUAUUGAUGGUGGUGAUAUGGGUGCUUGCAGAAAUACACCUAGAACUCCUGCAGUUCGGGUUGUGAAUGAGCCGGAGAGUAACCCAGGGGUUGAAAAUGAUUUCAUAACACCUGGAGAAGUGCAAUUUGAUAGGGAUUUGGAUGGUGGAAGCAGGAUUCAGCCGGACAUGAUUGGUAUGACAGCGGUUGCUGGUGUGAGUGCAGUGGGUGAUGGUACUGUGCGAGGAACUGUUACAGAAUGUUCAAAAGCAGUGGUGAGGCCAUGCAAUGCAGCAAGGAAGUUGGCUAGGACAUUAAAACCUGCGAGCCCUUUGAGAUCACCCUACCUUACACGACCGAUAGAUCUUUCCGAUGGAUUAUCUGUCAUGGAGAGGAGGGUGACGAAUUGGGUGUUGCAGAAUCCAAAUGCUCCAAAGGAUGAAGCUGUUUUCGUGAAGGAUGGAUUGGAGUUGACAAGAGGUGAAAUUGCGUCGUUGGAUAUUGGGAAACAUAUUUCCAAGAGGGAGAUAGAUGUGUGGUCAACAAUACUGAACCACAAUGAGAAAUUCAAAAGUGACGAAUCCCCGUUGCGUGUGUUCGCUAGGAGCAUGGAUUGUGUUGUAAAUGGGAAUAUAGUAGAUGUGUCUGAGGCGAAUGUGAAGAACAUGUUUGCGAAUGCGCUGCUUCCUGCGUGGGAUGACAUGGCAGAUGAUUUCAACUGGGGAAAAGCUGAACUGUUUUUCUUUCCUAUUAUGCAACAGAACUGGGCAUAUGUGUUGUGUGUUGACCUAAAAAGCAGACGUUGUGACAUCCUGGAUAGCUCUUCAACGAAAGCAAAAAACGAAGACAGAUAUGGCGACAUGCCAAAGCGAGUUGUGAGGUUGUUGGGUGAUUUUCUUGAGCAGCAGAGGUUCGUUUACAAAGGUAAAUGUGUUAGAGAAAUGCUUGCUAAGAGAAUUACGUUCCCUUGGAGAGAUCCGAAGGCUACAUUUGACUAUGGUGUGGCGACCAUGCGUCAUAUGGAGACGUAUAUGGGGGAUGGUGGCAAGGGAUGGAACAGUGGAUUGUCGAAGAUAAAUCAGAAGCCUAUGAUGUUGCUGCGCUGCAAGUACUGUGCAUGUAUACUUCUAAGCCCAGUUAAUGCACUGUUGGACAAGGUUUAUGCAGAGUCAGAGAAACUCGAAAGGGAGAGGAAGGGAAAGGAUCCUUAGUGAACCCACCCCUAGAAUGGCUGCAUCUUAUUUUUGUGUGUUUGUUGAAUUAUUUUUAUUAGUUGUUGGUGAAAGUUGGUGACACCAUACAUUGAUGGAAGUGCUAUAAGGAAACUAGUUAUCAGCCCAUAGAUUGGUUUAUUAUUUUUUUUUUUUGUGGAUUUGAGGAAAUUGUUUUUUGUAGAAGGUGUGACUGGUUAUGGUUUUUUGAAUGAAGAUGUGGUGUUGCC